ACUAGACAAACCUAUAAAUAGUACAAAAGACCUCUAGUUUUCUAUAGACAAUUAAAUUAUAACGACUUUGACCUAAUACAAAUACGUUGCAAUUAAAAUAUAUUAAAAAUUUUAAUUAUUCGUGUAAAAUGCUAUACUAUUACUAUUUACUAUUAGCAUUUUCCGUCAUAUUUUCCUGUAACAGUCUUAAUAUAUUUGGACCUAACUGUGUACUGCCUUCAUUAAUCUGCCCAAAUGAAAAUAUAACUUUUUGGUUAUACACUAGGCAAAAUGCACACGCUCCAGUAGAAAUUAAAGCCAAAGACUUGAUUGAUUCAACACCAUGGGUGAAGGGUGCUCCCAUCAAGAUCUUGAUCCACGGUUAUACGGGACACAAAGAUUUCGCCCCGAACACUGAAAUAAGACCAGCAUAUUUAGAAUGCUGUGAUUAUAAUAUAAUAUCAGUGGAUUAUAAUAAGAUAGCUCUGGAGCCAUGCUAUCUGCACGCUGCUGCCAACACUGAACUGGUCGGCAUGUGCACUGCACAACUCAUUGAUGGACUGGUGAGCCAAGGUGUCCCUCUAGAAGACUUCCACGUAGUCGGCUUCAGUCUCGGAGCACAAACUGCUGGUUUUAUUGCUAAAUAUUUGAAGUCUGGAUUGUUAGAGCGGAUAACAGCCCUUGAUCCAGCUCUUCCAUUGUUUGUAACAACGGAUCCUGGGAAGAAAGUAGAUUCUAGUGAUGCCAAGUUUGUGGAUAUCUUACACACCAAUGCUCUGGAGAGAGGCAAAUUUGAAACUAGUGGUCAUGUUGACUUUUUUGCAAAUGGCGGACUUUGGCAGCCUGGCUGUACAGCAAACGAAAAUUACACUAAAUCUGGCUGCUAUCACGCUAGAGCACCGCAGUACUAUGCGGAAUCAAUAAUAUCAGAUAUUGGGUUUUAUGCAACCAAGUGUUCAUCUUGGUUAUCCCACAUGAUUGGAUGGUGCAAGUUAACUAACUCCGGGGAAGAAGUGAUUUUUGGAGAACAUGUCCCUACAAAUGCCACCGGAAUAUACUUCUUUGACACGAAUUCCGAAGCACCCUUUGCCCGAGGACCAUCGAAUAAAACAGUCGAAGAAAAUGAAGUGAUGACAGGUGUCUUAUCAGCUAUAUCUUCUUUAUUCUCUGGAUGAUAAUAAAUAGCGGCUUUUGUACCCUAUACGAAUACCUCAUCCCACAAGAAUAUCUCAAAUCUGUAUACCACAUUAUUAUUUAUUGAAUAUAUAACCAAAGGGUUGUGCAAUCCUCAAUAAAGCCAAAGAUUUCCAAAGCAUUAAAUAAUUUAGAUAUAAUAUAA